AUGGUGAAUCCAGCAGCCAGAGUGAAGUUUGUAAGGAAGAACCUCCUGGGAAGGAAGAGGGAGCCCACGGUUAGAGUGGUAUCAGCAGAGGAGGGGCAAGAUCAAGAGGGAGAAGAAGAAGAUAUUGUUUCUAUCAUGAAGGAGAUAGAGACAGACACGACGAUUGCUAGGGAUGAAGUGAUAGCUAAAUGUCAGUCCCUAUACAGGGAGGCUCAGGGUGAGCCGGAGCUUGAUCGCGAACAACUGAAGAGGUAUCUCGAUUCUGCGUUCUCUAAUGACUUUCCUCCGCAAAUGGUAGCACUAGAUGCCUCCCAACCGUGGAUCCUAUACUGGACUGCUAACUCUCUGAAGCUGCUGGACGAAGGCUAUCUAAGCGACCGCUGCAAGCGUCGCAUCUGUGAGAAGCUAUUUGCCAUCUCAGAGUCGGGUGGUCCUUUCGGAGGUGGCGUAGGCCAAUUACCUCAUCUGGCUAGCACCUACGCAGCGGUGAGUGCCUUGGCUUUGUGCGACAACGUGGAAGGAUACUGGGAUCGCAUCAACGAGAAGGCAAUCUACGAUUGGCUGUUAUCGCUGAAGCAGCCGGACGGUGGGUUCAGGACAUGCCGGGGGGUAGGAGAAACAGAUACGAGAGGCGUUUACUGCGCUCUGAGUAUAGCAUCGCUGCUCAACAUAUUGACUGACGAGCUAUGUGAAGGGGUCGCCAACUUCUUGGUGCGCUGCCAGACCUAUGAAGGCGGAUUUGGCGGGUGCCCGCACGGGGAUGAAGCUCACGGUGGUUACACUUUCUGUUCCGUGGCCAGUCUAGCGAUUCUCGGCGAAUUGGACAAAAUUGACCUGUCGAGUCUUAUGCAGUGGUGCAGUCAAAAGCAAUAUGAACCCGAGAAGGGUCUUUCGGGGAGAACAAAUAAGCUGGUUGAUGGUUGCUACAGCUUUUGGGUUGGUGGCGCGGCUGCCAUACUCGAGCUGUACGGUCAUGGCGAAUGCAUCGACAAGCUUGCCUUGAGGAAGUAUAUCCUAUACUGCUGUCAAAGCGGUGCUCGGCCCGGGCUGCGCGACAAGCCUGGUACUCACCCAGACCUCUACCAUACGAAUUAUGUGCUCUUGGGCCUAGCGAUUACGGAAAAUCUUCUUGGAUUUUCCUCAGAUAGGCAGCUUAAUCCAGCCAUCAAGCCAAUUCCUAUUUCCGUGCCUUCCAGGUUAUCUAGCAUCAAUCCAAUCUAUGGACUUCCAGUCAAGGAUUUUGAGAAAUUUACUCAGCAUUUCAGAUACGAAGACUAG